AGCGAUUUGCUCUGGCUCAGUUUUUUGCUGCUUGUGGUUUAAGUCAAGACAACCAUGCCUUCCACCAUGGAGAACGUGGCCAUGCUCUUUGCCGGAGCUGCCGCAAGCAGCGCCUUGAGUGGAGCCUUUGUGGCCCCCGUGGCCCCUGAGGCCCGGGUCAGCAACCUGCGUGGCCAGGGCUACUCCAACAGCAACAGCUCCAGCAGCUCCACCUCCAUGGGAGCCCUGGCUGGGGUGGGUGCCGUGGCUGGCCUGGCAGCUGCUGGCAUGGCCGGUCAGCGCUCCAAGCGCACCUCCCUGCAGGCGGUGGGCGUUGGCAUCAACGGCUUCGGGCGCAUUGGACGUCAGGUGGCACGCAUUGCCAUGAAGGAUCCUGAGACUGACUUGAAGUUGAUCAAUGCUAGCUACGACUCCGAUUACUUGGCCUACAUGAUGAAAUAUGAUACUAUUCACGGCAAGUAUGAUGGAACCGUUGAGGCUGAUGGUGAUUCUUUGGUGGUGGAUGGUCAGAAGAUCGCCUUGUCCCACACCCGUGACCCUGCCGAGAUCCCCUUCGGAGAGCAUGGGGCCGAAUACGUUUGCGAAUCCACCGGUGUCUUCCUGACCACCGAGAAGGUCCAGGGCCACCUGAAGGCGGGUGCCAAGAAGGUCAUCUUCUCUGCCCCUGCCAAGGAUGAUUCCCACACCAUCGUGAUGGGCGUGAACGAGGACACCUAUGAUCCAUCCAUGGAGUGCGUUUCUUGUGCCUCCUGCACCACCAACGGCCUGGCCCCUGCGGUGCGUGUUCUGCAGGAGAAGUGGGGCAUCAAGCGUGGUUUGAUGACCACCUGCCACGCCAUGACUGCAUCUCAGCCAACCGUGGAUGGCACCUCCAAGAAGGACUGGCGUGGUGGCCGUGCUGGUCCUGGAAAUAUCAUUCCUUCCUCGACGGGCGCAGCCAAGGCUGUCGCAAAGGUGAUCCCAGAAGUGAAGGGCAAGUUGACAGGCAUGGCCCUGCGUGUGCCAACCAUCGAUGUGUCCGUUGUGGAUCUCACUGUUGAGUUGGAGAAGGAGACCACCUAUGAGGAGAUUUGCGCUGAGAUGAAGAAGCGAUCCGAGGGUGACAUGAAGGGCUUCCUUGGCUACACCGACGAGGCAUUGGUGUCCACGGACUUUGAGACUUGCCCCAUCUCCUGCACCUUUGAUGCCAAGGCCGGCAUCAUGUUGGACCCAACCUUUGUGAAGGUGGUGUGCUGGUAUGACAAUGAGUGGGGCUACAGCUCCCGAGUGGUCGACCUCAUCAAGCACAUGGCCGCUGAGGAUGCUAAGGCAUAAGCAGCACAUUUUGUAAGCUGAGGCCAAUCAAACAUAUUUUGAGUUACAUUUCUCCGAACAGCUUUUAACUUAGGAAAAUCUGCACCGAUCCGACCGAUCCAAGCACUACAGCGCUCCUGGACAAAAC